ACCUGAACUAAACCAUCAUUUUGCUCUUUUUAGUUCAGUUUGACUUGUAUAUGUAAUGAGUUCUGUCAAUUGCUGUCAAUAAGCUCUAUUUUAACACUGAAUUUUCAUAUAUAUUUAUAUAUGUAAAGCGUUAUUGUUCGGAAACUUUUUUUUUUACUUUUGAAGAAAAUCUCUCGAUCAAAUUGUGACAUUGUCACAUUGUCAGUUGAAGCUGCGUUUUUGGUACAGAGUUGUAAUGUUUUGUGGUGCCGAAUCGUUAGUAAAAUGUUGAUAAAUCCGUUGUCAACGGUUGUCACUCCAUCCGAAAACAAUUUUUUGACAAACAGGUGAAGAUGGAAGAUGAGGCAGACAUCAGAGAACAGCUGUUUCAUAAUACCGUGAGAGAAAAUAUUAUAUUCCUACUCCUCUUUCUCUUGUUGUACAUCUCGAGCUACGCGCUGAUAGCGAGAUUCAGGAAAAAUGAUAGAGAAGACUAUCUUUCAGUAGAUGAAGAUGAAGCGCUGGUCUACAGGAUUAGCCUUUGGCUCUGCUCUUUCUCUCUCGCAGUGUCAAUAGGAGCAACUUUAUUGCUGCCUCUCUCCAUUGCAAGCAAUGAGGUUCUCAUCCUUUACCCCAAUAGCUACUACGUCAAGUGGCUUAACAGCUCUCUUAUUCAAGGUCUAUGGAAUCAUGUGUUUUUAUUUUCGAACCUCUCCCUCUUCGUCUUCCUUCCGUUUGCCUACCUUUUUACAGAAUCGGAAGGCUUCGUUGGAUUCAAGAAGGGAAUCAUGUCCCGAGUUUAUGAAACUCUGACAGUUUUAUGUCUACUGGGAAUGCUGGUAUUAGGAAUGACUUACGUCAUGUCCUCCCUUAUUGACUACCAAAAAUCAAAUCUUCACACAUUGCUCAAUUUAUGGAGUUACUACUUACCAUUUUUAUAUUCAUGCGUUUCAUUUGUCGGAGUAGUCAUGUUAUUGCUAUGCACACCAGUUGGAUUUGUUCGACUCUUUGGUGUUGUUGGUUCAUUCUUAGUCAAGCCGCAGUUUCUAAAAAAUCUUGAUGAAGAAUUUUUCGCCUUCAGAUUAGAGGAAGACUGUUUGAAAAGAAGACUUGAACAAGCUAAAGCAACUGGAAAAUCGUACGUUUCUCCAGUUCCAAUGUCACCUCCCGAGUGUGAUGUAUUAGCGCAUGACGACGAAGAACUUCUUUGUCCAAAUCCCGGUCUUUUGAGUCUCCGAAAUGGUGCUUUACAGAAAGGCCUCACCCAAAGACUAAAAGAUAUUCAGAACCGUAGAAAAGUUCUUGACACAGAGAGAAGGACUUGGUGGGUUCGAAGAACUCUCGUUUACCCUUUAGCUAUGUUAGCUUUACUUAUUCUUUCGACUACAACGGCAUUACUCGCUGUUCAAAACACUUUACAAUUGCUCAUAGGAAUCAAAGCAUUACCGCUAAGCACUAGGCAAUUCACGUUGGGUAUAAGUUCGCUCUCGAAACUUGGCCCAAUUGGAGCGACAAUUGAGGUAACUGUAAUUUUAUACUUGGCCGCUACCAGUGCUAUUGGAUUAUAUUCACUUCCUGGUAUUAAAAGGGUCCGUCCUCGAUUUUACUCAACUCCACUCACGCAUCUUAUAGCAAAUUGCGUUCUUUUAAUUGUCCUUAGCUCCGCUUUACCACUUCUUUCGAGAAUAAUAGGUAUGACUAAUUUUGACUUAUUGGGCGAUUUCGGAAGCAUUGAGUGGCUUGGAAAUUUUAAAUUAGUCUUGUUCUACAAUUUAAUUUUUGCUAUUGCCACAAUAGGUUGUUUAACGACAAAAUUUACAGCGACAGUUCGAAAAGAAAUUUACGCCAGGCUGCGAAGCAGUGUCAUUGGAAUUUUUAAACGUGAUUCUAAAAAGAGUAACUUGGGGAUGUUUUCUGUAAAAGAAGACUGAUUAUAAUAUAAGCGAAUAAAAGAAAUAGUAUAUUUAACACAAAAAA